CCAGUGGUCACCAUUUCCAAUUAAAACUGACACAGUUUUCAAAAGAUAAACCAGAUUGCUUAUUCAUGGAAACAAUUAAAAAAAUGAGAAAACUUUUCUUCUAAAACUCUGCCCCCUACACUCAGAGUAAAGAAACAAAAGUUACACUUCAUCAAAAUCAUAAGAAUUUUGUCAUUUGGUGAUAACUUUGAUUGUCUUCACUUAAUUAUCAUUGAUUUUUAUUACUUCUAUUGAUUAGAGUAACAUUCAAAGCUAUAAAAUUGUGUCCAUUACAUUUUCUAACAAUUAGUAUUAGUAUUAGUUGAAUAUUAUUCAUCAAAUUAGAUUGUUUCUCUUUUCAUUUUUCAACUUUCUCUUAGUUUCUAAAUUAGUCAUUAAAUGGAUUCAUCAACGGAACAAUUUACUUCGAUCGCUUCUAAAUAUCCCAAAAAAUAUCCUGAAAUUUUCGCAUAUGGUACCUCUGGAAUAAGAUGUCUUGGGCAUAAACUUGAUUCCACUGCCUUUAGAUUGGGAAUUGUUGCUGGAUUAAGAUCUCAAAUUAACAAAGGUAAAGCUGUUGGUUUGAUGAUCACUGCUUCUCAUAAUCCAUCUGAUGAUAAUGGAAUCAAAUGUAUUGACUCUCAUGGAUCAAUGUUGGACGAGGAAUGGGAACCAAUUUGUACCAAAUUAGCUAAUCUAUCGGAUGAGGAGUUGAAACAAUCUGUUGAUGAUUUGAUUAAAGAGCAUCAAGCGAAUGGAUCAAGUUUAGUGUUUAUUGGUAUUGAUACACGAGGAACAUCAGCUGGAUUAGCGAAAGCAGCCACCGAUGGUGCUAAAAUCGUCGGUGCUGAGGUUCGUCACUUUGGCCUGGUAACUACUCCGCAAUUACAUUAUAUGGUUUAUACUUAUAACCUAAAUGAAGGUGACCCAACUGAACAAGGUUAUUACGAUAAAGUAUCAAGUGCAUUCAAAGAGUUGUGUUCUGCCUUUAAGGAAGUUCCCUCUAGUUAUGUGCCGAUUUUGAAUCUCGAUUGUGCCAAUGGUGUUGGUGCUUGUUCCAUGAAAAAAUUGGUGCCUUUAUUAGAACCUUUUUUACAGGUGAAACUUUACAAUACCUGCGAAAAAGGAAUGGUCAAUUUCGAGUGUGGCUCUAACUAUGUUGAGACAACAUUCCGACAACCUUAUGGUUGUGCCGUCAAACCCGAUGAACAUUGGGCAUCUUUCGAUGGCGAUGCCGAUAGAAUCAUUUUCUAUUAUCGAAACUCUGACUCGAAACUACGAAUAUUAAAUGGCGAUAAAAUUGCAGCUCUUUUCUGCAUUUACAUUAAAGAAUUGGUCACUGCUUGUGGACUUUCCGAUAAACUGACCAUUCAAGUUAUUCAAACAGCCUAUUCGAAUGGAAGAACAGCCGAAUUCUUGAGAGAUACAGUCGGUGUUCGAGUUGUUUGUACACCAACUGGAGUCAAAUAUCUUAUGAGAAGAACAUCAGAAUGUGACAUUUCUAUUUGGUUCGAAUCUAAUGGACAUGGGUCAAUUCGUUACAGCGACAGAGCUUACGAAAUAGCUAAAGAAAAAGCUUCAACUGAUUCAACAGGCUCGGCGAAUCUUUUGAUUAAAAUCUUCAACCUUAUGAACCAAGCUACAGGUGAUGCAAUUUCUGAUUUUCUUUUGGUCGAAGCGAUUCUCAGAGCUAAAGAUUGGGACCUUAAAAACUGGGACGCUAUUUACACUACUUAUCCCUCGAGAUUGAUGAAAUUAAAAGUUCCCGAUCGUAACUUCAUCAAGACAAACGAUAUCGCAACAAUAAUCUAUGAGCCCGAAUCGUUGCAACAAGAGAUUAGUAAAUUGAUUGAGACUUUCGGUCCAGGGAGUCGAACGAUUGUCCGAGCCUCUGGAACUGAAGAUUGUGUCAGAAUUUACACCGAAUCAACUACUCAGGAUAAUGCCGAUCAACUGGGUGAACAAAUUGUCUUGUUGAUUACUAAAUAUUCUGGACUGAAACAACAACGAUCAGAAAAACUCGAUUAAAGUUUGUAAAUGAUCGGGGUUCAAUCAUCUAUUUACUAGCAAAAUAUUCACAUCUCUUGACGAAAAAAAUAAAUCGUAUAUCGUUUUAAUCCAGUAGUGUUUCCUAAUUGAUUUACGCUUCAUGUUGAUGAUUUCACUCAAUUAAAUCAUUCACUUAGAUGAAGGGUGAGUUGUAGUACACACCUAAAGGGGAACUAUGAUGAGAGAGAAAGGAAGCAUGAGAUGACAAGGAGGAAGAGAUAGAGAAGGUUAUUGAAUGAACAUAGAGGUUUUCGUUGCGUAAUUGUAUUCGGGUGUUGUGGUGAUGAUUAAGAUGAGGAAUAUGUUAAUUGCUAUUUGAUGGAAAGGAGAGAUCUCUCUUUUCUCUCUUGAAAUAUUGAGUCCACACAAUAUUUUUACUUCUUAUUUCGACAAACAAAAUGAGCGUUUUCAUCUUAAUGAAAGGAAUUGUAAUCGAUAAAGUUAAUCUUCUAAAAUUGAUAUCUAAUAAUUGAUUAUUUUCAACGAAAACUUUUGUUCGAUUUGAAUUGAAGAAUCGGUUGAGGUUGGAGGUCUCUAUUUCGAGUGGUUUAGAGUUAUGUUUACUACAAUAUUCGUCGAUUGUUGUUGGCACCACGACAUUAUCUUUUUCUGCUUCAUUAUGAGUAGUUGUCACUUGUUUUCUAAUAUUAUUUUCAUAUUCUUUAUCUUUUCCUUUUGAAUCUUUCCAUAGCAUCGACAUUGGCGGGUGACGAGGUGUUUGGUUCAUUCAGCAGAGAGAUUACACUUAA